CGACCUUGUUUUACGGUAUGCUUCUCCAGGUUUUUCCCGUUGACAUAUAAUUAAAAUUUCUGCUUCUCCUUGGAGAAUGAUACUUACGACACUUCCAAGUUAUUCUCUGCGAUGAGCUGAAGCUUCUGCACGCUUCGCGACUGCUUAAAGCCACGGAAGUCUGGCGCCCACCACCUUCCUUGGCUCGUUCUCUAGCAGGUUUGCCAGCAACUUGGCACAACCACUUCUAUCUGAAUGCAUCAAGGCUAUAUUUUGCGAGGGACCGCAUCCAUCGCCUGGGGAGUCUCCGAUAUCGAACACGCCCUCGCAACCUGUUGUGUUGCUCGGAGGCGCAGUCACCUUCGCACCCGCGUCAGACCAACGUUCGAAUUGAACGACCGUCAUUGGACCCUGAAUCCGAAUCACCCCGAAUCACCCCCGACCACCCUUUUUUUCCUCCCUCCCCGUUCGGCCGCCGUUUCUCGGCAAACAAAGUAACAAAUGGCGUGGGAGCACUUGUCAAUCACCAAAUCCCAUUUGGUCUACAUCAUCCUCGGGGGCUUCACCUCGCUUUUCAUGCUCUGCUCUACCAUCAUCAAGGAGCGCAUGUACAUUGGUGAAGCUACUGUAGCAACCCUAUGCGGAUUGUUCUUUGGACCUCAUGCUGCAAACCUCAUCGACCCGCAAUCAUGGGGCAAUGUCGACGAAGUUACACUCGAGUUCUCUAGAAUCGUUCUCGUCGUGCAAUGUUUUGCUGUUGGUGUCGAAUUGCCUAAAUUCUACAUGGAAAAACAUUGGAAGUCGGUCAUUCUGCUUCUGCUUCCUGUCAUGACUUUUGGCUGGCUAAUUACGAGUCUCUUCGUUUGGUGGCUUAUCCCACCAUUGAACUGGCUCGAGAGCUUGGCCGUGGCUGCCUGUGUCACAGCUACGGAUCCUGUCCUUGCCUCUUCCGUCGUCGGCAAGGGCAAGUUUGCCAAACGAGUCCCCAAGCAUCUGCGAGAUCUGCUGUCUGCUGAAUCAGGUUGCAACGAUGGCAUGGCUUUUCCCUUCAUCUAUCUCGCCAUCUACCUCAUCCAGGAUAACCUAGACGCCAAGAAGACGACGUACCACUGGUUUAUGUACACGGUGUUGUAUGAAUGCAUCUUCGGCGCCAUCUAUGGAUUCCUCAUCGGGUACUUUGCACGCCAUGGCAUCAAGUACGCCGAGAAGCAUGAAUUGAUUGAUCGGGAGAGUUUCCUCGUCUUUUACUUCACCUUGGCUCUGUUUUGUGCUGGAUCCGGCAGUAUUCUCGGCGUCGACGAUUUGUUGGUAGGAUUCUCUGCAGGUGUCGGGUUCUCAAACGAUGGCUGGUUCUCGUCCAAGACUGAGGAGUCUCACGUCUCUAACGUUAUUGAUCUCUUGAUCAAUUUGGCGUACUUCGUGUUCUUGGGUACAAUCAUUCCCUGGGACCAGUUUAACAACGCCGAUAUGGGUCUCUCGGCGUGGAAGUUGAGUCUCAUGGCGAUUUUGGUCAUUCUCUUCAGACGAAUCCCCAUCAUGUUGGCCUUGAAGCCAUUCAUACCAGAUGUCAAGACUUGGCGUGAAGCCCUCUUUGCGGGUCACUUUGGCCCCAUUGGUGUGGGUGCCAUCUUUAUAGCCAUUCUUGCUCGUGCGGAGCUUGAAACAGGGCAUACCAUCCCCUUGCCCGAGCUACCCCCAGAAGACAGCCCCCACUACGUUCUUGUCACGCUAGUGUGGCCGAUUGUGACCUUCAUGGUCAUUGCCUCCAUCAUCGUUCACGGGUCGUCUAUAGCAGUCUUCACGCUUGGAAAGCACAUCAACACACUAACUCUCACGAUGUCUUAUACGCAGGCACCAGACGAUGGUCCCUCAUGGAUGAACCGGUUGCCACGGAUCUCCUCACAGUCUCGAUCACAAGCUCGAACCAUGUCUGAUACUGACAUGGACGACUUCAAGCUCCCGGAGUUCCCCCCCGGGACGUUACCGCCUACCGGUCUCCCAGGCCAGUUCCUCCGACGCCAGCGAGAUGAGGAGAGCUCGAGCAGAGCGGGUAGUCGUGCGUCUUCUCUCGUUGGUCGCCGUAAGAAGAACAACAAGUGGGACGAUGGCAUCGGACCGGGCGGCCCUGUCAGCCAGUCUGCCAUUUUCCCCCAGCGUCGUAGCCAAAGCGGCCAGUUUGAACCUCUGUCACCAUCAAUCGAACCCAGUGGACAGCAGGUUUCAGAUCAACGAAGGAUUUCUGGCACUUCACCAGGCGGAUCAUCAUCAGAGCGGUCACGUGAGAAGGAUUCCGAAAAGACGGAAGGCUCGGCGCCCGUUCAGGACAUCGGAUCGAGAGGGGAGACGAAGCAUGGCGGCUCCCCGGAGCUUGAGGUGUAUGAAGAAGGUGGUCAUGUGAUUAUUGAAGAUCAGCAAGGCCAGGUACUGGCGGUUGAGGAGACUGCCCAUCAUGCCAUGCAAGAUCUGCAUAAAUUGAAAGACAAAGUCGAGGCCGAGACACAAAAACCUGGAUGGAGUUACGCCUCCCUCAAGAAGAGAGUCGGCGAAUGGCGUAACGAGGAAGCGCAAAAGAGAAAGACCAGGGAAACAAGUGAUCGAAAACACGCCCCAGCUAGAGCCUACCAAUUCGGAAACACGAUCAUCAUUGAAGACGAGGACGGUGAGGUUGUCAAGAAGUACGAGCUGCCGGCGCAGAAGCCCGAAGGUGACACCGAUUUGAUGGGAGCGAGUUUGAAGUACUUGGGCAUGGGAGGCUUACUUUCGCAAAAGCUCAAGGAGACUGGCGAAGACUCGGAAGCCGGCCCGAGUGCCAGUGGUGUCGCGAAGCCUGCGGCGAAGCAGUCAUUCAGCAGUUGGACCGGCUUUGGUAAGUCUGGAGCCGGCGACCGAAAGAAGAGCGUCGCUUCUAUAUCAGAAGAGGAUGCCGACAAGGACGGCCGUAACAUCAGAUUCACGCUAGCUGGCCAAGGUCGACGGAUGACUGAGGAUGACUUCCUCAAGGAGGUGCGAAAGUUGGAUGUGCGCACGCGGCGUGAGGUGCUCGAGAAAUUGGAUGCCCCACCAGCCGUCAAGUUGGCUGCGAAGCAAGAGACCCAAGCAGGGCCAUCAAACCCAGCUGGAGCUUCGAGGCCGCCGGCCGUCAAGAUAGCGACCACGAGCAUGAGUACGCGGACGGAGAGCAAUGCUUCGGUACGACAUGAGGAGCAGCAGGACACUCGCGGUAGAAGCGAGACAAAGGCUCCUGUAGUUCCCGCAACGGCACCUGAUAGUUCAGGGGCCCCUAGCGAUAUACCAGAGACAGCUGUAGAGCGGCGCCGGAGACUGGCGGCCUUGUCAGGUAUCAAGGACGACGAAGAUAACAACGCCGAGUCCGAGACGCCAGCCGAACGACGGCGGCGCCAAGCAGUGCUGGGAAUGGGCGACGACGAGGUGGCCGAGGACAGCGACAGUGAUGAUGACGAUACACCUAGAGUACCGCCGACGAGGCGAGGAAUACGAUUUGUGGAUGUCCCACACAAGGGCCGGACACAGUGACGACAUAAAACUAAAUAGAGCUUAGAUGCGGCGUGGCUGGGCUGCUACGGAUAGGAGCGAUUUGGCAUAGACAGCAUAGACUUAUUGUCGGAUAACCGGUACAAUGUGGUACGGACGGGUUAUACUUACCCUAUCUGUUGUUGAUAAUCCGCAUGGUGAUACGAGUCACCUGGACAUAGUAUGGUCAUAUCAUGCAUAUAGACAAGACCAUUAUAAAAUCCAUAGUCGAUGAGACAAUCCAUCAUAUGGCACUUGAGCUGCUU